GACUAGGUGAAGCGAAGAGAGGGAGGGUGAGCUGGUUGUGUGGUGUUGUGUAGUGUUAGAUGAGGGACCCACCACCCAUGUGCCCCCCUCCUGUCUCCACCAGCUCCUGCCUCUCAAUCAUUAGUCUCUCUGUCUCCCCUCCCAAACACUCUCCUCUCUCUCUCCACCCUCCAAACUACACCUCUCUUUCUCUCUCCGUGGCCAUUGCUGAUAACACACCCUCUCCUUUUUUUAAAAAAACCAAAUAAAAACAGCUGUCCUCUGUCUCUCUCUGUGUUCGUGUCUCUUUCUCUCUCUCUCUCUAGGUCUACCGAAGACGAAGACCCAUGUCAAAUUCCGACGUAGCCAAUAACGGUGUCACCAACGGCGCCCUAUUGGAACCCCAGAGGCAGCAGCCACCCUCCAACGGUGCUCUCUCCGUCAAGAAGCCCCCCUCUAAGGACCGUCACAGCAAAGUUGAUGGCCGUGGCAGGCGCAUCCGCAUGCCCAUCAUCUGCGCCGCCCGUGUCUUCCAGCUCACUCGUGAGCUCGGUCACAAGUCCGACGGCCAGACCAUCGAGUGGCUUCUCCGCCAAGCCGAGCCCUCUAUCAUAGCCGCCACUGGAACCGGAACCACCCCCGCCAGCUUCUCCACCGUCUCCGUCUCCGUUAGAGCUGGCGGCGGCUCUACCUCCCUCUCUUCUUCUACCACUUCCUCGUCCCUCUCCCACUCUCUGGACCACAAGCCCUUGCUGGGACCCGCUCCCUUCAUCUUGGGAAAGCGCGUCCGGGCCGACGAGGAUGGCGAUGUCAAGGACGAGGGCUCCGGUGUCUCCGUGGGUCAUACUAUGGGCUCGAUACUCGGGUCCGCUGCUUCAGGUGGGUUCUGGGCGGUGCCUGCGAGACCCGACUUCUGGGGCUUCGCUGCUGCGCCGUCGCACGAGAUGGUGGUGCAGGCGCAGGCGGCGCAACAGCAGCAACCGUCCCUGUUUGUUACCCAUCAUCAUCAUCAGCAGCAGCAACCGAUGGGCGAGGCGUCGGCGGCUAGAGUGGGAAAUUACCUUCCGGGACAUCUGAAUUUGCUGGCUUCGUUGUCGGGCGCACAGGGAAGUUCAGGUCGGAGAGAGGACGACCCUCGUUGAUUAAUCAAGUCUCUUUUUGUGCGGUAGUGGUAACAGUGGCGGCGGCGGCGGCGGCGGGGUUCGUAGUUUGGUAUAUAAAACAUAUAUGUAUGUUUAUCGCUCGUUUCCUUUUUCGCGUGUCAGUGAAGUGGAUUUUUAGUGAAUUUUUUUAGGGUUAGGUUUUUUAGCUUUGAGUGAAGGAAUUAGGGUUUGUGGAGAUUUGGAAAAUAUGUGUGGAUGAAUGGCAAUUCAUUAGGGGAUUUGCUACUCUGUUUGAAGAUUAAUCAGGGUUUAGGGUCCACAUUUAUUUAGGCUUUGGGGGGGUCUUUGUUGGAGGAUGGAGUGAGUUAAGUAUCAGGGUUUGUGCUUCACAAUUGAAGGUACAAAGGGUGUUUCUGAAGUAGGGUGCUUAUGCAAAAUCUAGCCUAAUAAUUAUAUAAUUUGUGGCAUCUCGGGAACGUAUUUAAGAUUGCUGUCUCUGGUUUUGGUGCUGCUUGCUCGUUUAAAACUCAGUCUCAACAUUCUCAAGAGCAUGCUUGCAACUUGGGACUUGAAGAUUGUGCUUUUGCAGAAAUAUAUUGCAUUUCUUUACAAUUGUGUACAACCACAACCGGUGAUCCAAAUUCAGUUCUUCCUGUACUUGUUGGAAUAUGGUGGUGGGUGAGAAAAGCUAACUGCUUUGCUGCGUUUGGGCACUUAUGAAGAUGAGAAACCGUGGUUCAUGCUCUCCCUUUGGCUUGCAUGCUCUAUGUUGAAUGUAACAGUCUGGACGGUAACUGGGUGUGUGAAAGAUAAAAAAAAGCUCUGGUUCCUCCUUGUAUGACCUCUGCGUUUGAGAAUUUGCUCAGUAUUCUUAGCCAUUUCUUAGAUUUAUCCGCGUGACAAAUAAUGUGUUCUCUUCUCUUGUAUGUAAGUGGAUUGUUUUUGGGUGCCUAUGGUGUGAAUAAAAAAACCCAUCUGUUUCUCCCCA